GAAGAAGGGGAAGAGCAGAGCACAGGGAGUGCACCUGAACAAAAAGAGGUGUAUUGGCAGAGCAGAGGCCACAUUCUUCCCAAUUUGGCCAGAAUAAAAGAGGUGUAGAGACAACAACAACAAAAAAAAAAAAAAAAAGCGUUAUCUCUGAAGAUCAGUGAGACAGAACAGAAGAGGCGUGAGCGGUCGGCAAUUGUAAGACAGAGAGAGUGCGUCACAGAGUGACACUUCUUGUGGCACAGCAGUGUACUUGGAUGUGUUGGAAAGAAUGACAGAAGAGGUAAAUAUGUGGGCAAAAUAAUCCUUUGUCUAGAUAUCCAUGAAAAGAAGGGGAGGAGGAGACAGAGAUCCCAUAACAUAGCAUAUGGGAGAUUCAAUGCAGUGGCCCUCUUGGUAUGACAAAAUCCUAAAGGCACUCAGCCAUGACAGACAAAACAUUGCAAUAGUAGGCUACUGCAAAAGCGUAGGCUGUCCAUCUCACUGAAUACUCAAUUUGCCACACAAGCAGGCUGUAUGACUUACAAUAUGAUUUGUGUGUGAGUCACUUUAAGGUGUGCUGUAUGAGUCCACACCAGAAACCAGUGAUUUGAGUGCCAGGGAUUUACACAAUGGGAAAUGGACACUUGAUGUCCAUCACUCUUUUCCAUUAUCUUUUGUCUAUGAUGAGUCUCUUCGUGUGAUCAAUGGCAUGACUUCCUCCUUGUGGCAGCUGGGGAUUGAACACAGGGUCCUCUCUGCUCUGUUUUCAGUCUGACAGCAGCAGUGGCAGCCUCAGCACUGAAGAGCACACCAGAGGACAGGCAGAUCACACACGCACGCACACACACACACACACACAGACUCCUACACGCAGAGGGAGAGAGAGAAACACACACACACAUGUACACACUGUGGAUUCCGUGAGCAGGCAACAUGAGUGCGGACGAUGUGGUGUUUACCGGCUGGCUCGUCAAGUCCCCACCAGAGAAGAAGCUCAAUACCAGAUAUUCAUGGAGGAAGCGCUGGUUUGUCCUGCGUCAGGGUCGCAUGAGCGGCAACCCAGACGUGCUGGAGUACUACCGCAACAAGUGCUCCCGGAAGCCCAUCCGCACCAUCGACCUGCAGGAGUGCGAGGUCCACACGCCAUGCAGCGAGCCCCAGCAGCAGACGCACAUGCAGCAGCAGACGCCACAGCCUCCGCAGCCCCUACACAAGCGCCAGUUCCAGAACCAGCACCUGUUCGUGGUGAAGACCGCGGCGCGCGUCUUCUACCUGCUGGCCAAGACCCAGGAGGAGAUGAAUGGCUGGGUGCAGAGGAUCAGCCAGAUCUGCACCUUCGGGACACCGGAUGACACAGACUCGGCGGACAGUUUGACGUACACUCCGACGUCCCAACAACCUUCUCCCGCACUCUCUCCCCGCGUCUCCCUGGCGACCAGCACAGACUUCUUUCCCAGCGGCAGCAGCGGCACGGCAGCGGGCAGGGAUCGGGUCAGUCAGUCGGACGGCCAGCCUCCUCCGGACUACCUCAUCCUCUCGCAGUGCAACUCGGGCACUGUCAGCAUCACCAGACGCAGCAGCUUCACAAACUCCGAGCACUCGUUGGAGCAGAGCUCGUCGGACACGUUCGGCGAGGACGUGUUCCUGUCUCCGCUGCCCGCCACUGGUUCCGCCCUCCCCGUGGGCCACGCAGCCGAUGCCCCCUUCAGCGCCCCCUGCGGAGGCUCGGCGCUACCUCCCCUCUACACCCCCUCCUCGUCUGCCACCUCCUCCCCCGCGCUCGCUCCAGCACUGCCCGACAUCUUCCGCUUCGACCGGCCCUUCUUCCCGACCCCUGACCCCCCACACACGCCCCACACCCCACCCCCAUUGCCCCCCAAGCCCAGGCAGCCCACCGACGCGCUGGGCAACCUGCUCGCCCCACCUCUGCACCUCCGCCACCGGGUCUCCAUGCCUAGCCUGGAACUCUUCAGGAGGGGAGAGUACGACAGCUUGGCAAGAGGGAGAAACAAAAUAGGGAGCCUCCAUCUGCCUUCGUUUGCUCUCCCUUGCCAGUCAGAUGACUCCUACGUGCCUAUGGCCUCCCCACCACCGGUCACCCCCGUGGACAUGCCCUCCGACGGCUACAUCCCCAUGAGUCCUGCAUCCUUCCCGAGGACCAAUGGGAGAGCAGAGCCACCGCCUUCUCCCGGGGCUGACCUGGAGCCUCCACCAGUCAACCGCGACCUGAAGCCCCGGAGGCGGGCGCGGCCGCCACCCCUUGACCUCAGAGGCUUGUCCACCAUCCGAGAGAACCCCAUGCACCUCCCCCUGGUCAGAACCCAUACUGAGCCGAGUGCUAUACAACCCUGUGUUACUUCAGACAGAAGAUGGAGAGCGGUAACCCCAGUGGAUCAAGAGGCCUUCAGUACUCCCACAGACAGGCAGCUGUUUUUCCCCAUAGAGUCGACACUGCAGCAGCCCUGGAUGCGGUGUUCCCGCCUGGACUACCUCUCCCUGGACUUCAACUCAGCCUCCCCUUCACCCGUGCUUAAGAAGCCUCUCCUGGCCGAUGAACACAGGGUGGACUACGUUCAGGUGGACGAGAAGAAGACUCAGGCCCUCCAGAGCACCAAACUGGAGUGGAAGGAUGUUCGCCAGUCUAAGUCCUAAAAAACGACACCUCACAACGACGAGCAACAUAAAGAAAAGCAGUCCAGAGAGCUGUCUCUCCAAAAGCACUGUGUAGCAUAGAAAGUCACAAGGACCAAAACCCCUACUCUAAGAGCACAAACCGCCUGGAUCAACGACAGAGAGAGCAAUAACAAAAUUCCUUACUGCCCUGACGUUCACAGUCACUGAAGGGGUUGAAAAACAAGCCCGUUAGCUUGUCGCAGCCAACAUUUACAGGAGAGCAGCAUUUUUUCUACGCUUCAGCUCAGUCAUGUAAAAAAAGAAAGGUCGCCAGCGGGCUCCAUUCUCUCUGAGUCUCCUGGACAGGAUCAGGCCUAUUUGUGCCUCACAACUGGCCUUUGGAGCAUGCACUGUGAAGGAGAGGAGAGGACCUGUGUACUGUGAAAGGUACUCUGACACGCCAAAUGAAGACGCACAAAUAUCACAGCCUCUUCUCGGCUGCGCUGCAGCCUACUUCAUUUCAACUACUGAUUGUAAUGGCUUGUAAAUAUGAAGGAGUUGACUAACUAGCAUUACAUUUUUUGCCAUUAUUCUGCCUUCAUUACAAGAACAUGCUCAAUAGCACUGUAGCUUUCAUUAGCAACAAUGACUUAAAUAAUAUAUUAUUAUUAACUCACUGCUGGGUCCAGAAGGUGAUUUGUACAUUUAUAUUGUAUGUAUUUUGCAUCUGUGUGUGUGUGUGUAUGUGCGUGCAUUUGUGUGUGUGUGUGAGAGAGAGAGAGCGAGAUAUAGAUGGCCCAUACUCUUGUCUAUAUGUGUCUAAAUGGCUGCACUUGUAUAGAAUCUCCUAACAGAAUGUGUGUAUUGAGAAUAAGAGACCUAAACGGCCUGUGUUGUCUGUGGUACUGCUCACAUAAGCCUCUAUCCCUAACAAUCACGUUCCUCAUCAUUUCAGUCAUGAAAGCAAGCACCUUUUUGAAGUAGCAAUAUUGCCUUGAGAUAAUGUGUUUGAGAUGAAUUUAUUUCAAUUUAUUUCAAGAUACCUUUUUUCCAAGAGGGGUGAAGUGAAUAAAUAGAAAUGUCCUGUCCUUUUUGUCUUUUUGUUUUUCGUUAAGCUGCUGAUUGUUCUUUUGUUUGUACACUGUCAUGUAUGCAAUUAUGCAUAAUCGAGACUAUUUCCAUGUCAAAAUAAAUCACUUUUUUAAAUAAAUGCUCUGGAUUGCUAA